GCCGCGGCCUGCGGCCGCGUCAAGACCAUCGAGCUGCUGUUGAGGUACGGGGCCAAGGUCGACGCGACCAACAAGUGCGGCAACCAGCCCGUGCACCUCGCCUGCGUCGGCGGCAGCGUCGAGGCGUUGCGGACCCUGCGCUACGCGGGCGCGGACCUCGACGCGCGGGGCCUCGAGAACCACCGGUCGACGCCUUUGCACGUCGCGUGUUUGCACGGCGGCCGGUUGGACGUCGUCGAAUAUCUAGUGCAAACGGCCAAGGUCGACGUGCACCUCGCCCAGACCGACGGCGCGACGGCCGUCUACAUCGCCUGCCAGGGCGGCUACCUCGACUACGUGCGCGUCCUCUUCGCCGCCGGCGCGUCGCUGGAAACUCCCCAGAACGCGAACGCGACGCCCUUCUACGUCGCCGCGCACCAGCGCCACGUCGACGUCAUGCGCUACCUCGUCGCCGAGGGGCGCGUCGACGUGCUCGCGACGACCAAGGUCGGCCAGACGGCCCUGCACCAGGCGUGCCGC